UUCCUGUAGGUUCAUGCUCUACAACAUCCGCAGAGUACGACCCUGCCUCACACAGGAAGCAGCGCAGGUCCUAAUCCAGGCACUUGUCAUCUCCCGUCUGGAUUACUGCAACUCGCUGUUGGCUGGGCUCCCUGCCUGUGCCAUUAAACCCCUACAACUCAUCCAGAACGCCGCAGCCCGUCUGGUGUUCAACCUUCCCAAGUUCUCUCACGUCACCCCGCUCCUCCGCUCUCUCCACUGGCUUCCAGUUGAAGCUCGCAUCCGCUACAAGACCAUGGUGCUUGCCUACGGAGCUGUGAGGGGAACGGCACCUCAGUACCUCCAGGCUCUGAUCAGGCCCUACACCCAAACAAGGGCACUGCGUUCAUCCACCUCUGGACUGCUCGCCUCCCUACCACUGAGGAAGUACAGUUCCCGCUCAGCCCAGUCAAAACUGUUCGCUGCUCUGGCUCCCCAAUGGUGAAACACACUCCCUCACGACGCCAGGACAGCGGAGUCAAUCACCACCUUCCGGAGACACCUGAAACCCCACCUCUUUAAGGAAUACCUAGGAUAGGAUAAAGUAAUCCUUCUCACCCCCCCCCCCUUAAAAUAUUUAGAUGCACUAUUGUAAAGUGGCUGUUCCACUGGAUGUCAUAAGGUGAAUGCACCAAUUUGUAAGUCGCUCUGGAUAAGAGCGUCUGCUAAAUGACUUAAAUGUAAAAUGUAAAUGUAUUGUAUGAAUGUGAAAUACAUUGUGGUUUUCAUGUGAAACCGUACACUAAGACAGGGUUAUUUUGUGGAACAUUUUUUAAUUCUGCUUUAGGUAAAGUGCAUUUAUGUUGUGUAAUUUAAAGUGUGCACUUGUUUGAUGUGAAUAUUUUCAAAGUACUAACAAGAAAAUAGACAAUUGAACAAGAGAAAAAAAAAUUCUUCAAAAUAAAGAAAGCGGCAGAACUUUGCAGACGUAAACAUGUGUCCGUUCUUUUUACUAUUGCAGGCCACCUCAGCUACACAUGUACUCUGUCUGCACACGCAUCCACGCAUGCACAUACACAUGGACAAACACACACUAAUGUUCUCUCUCUUGUGUUUGUCAGCAGUUCAUCGUGGCCCUGUAGUUCGCCUCCUUCACCAAAGCUCUGUCAGGGACCUACAUGAAGAGUGCCAUCACUCAGAGACACUUUGACCUGUCCGGCUCUCUCAUCGGUCUCAUAGACGGCAGCUUUGAGAUGGGUUUCAACAAUAACAUUGAGUUGCUUGAGAAUUCAUGUAGUAAAAACCAGAUACAGACUACAGUAUGAUCCAUUUUUUUUGUGGUUCAAUCAGAGUCUGCUCUCAAUACUGUCCACUUUUAUAGUUGUUCCUAUUAAUUGAUUGACUGGCGUUUGUCUAUGACUCUACUGUCAAACCCCUAACAUUGUUUUAUUUGAUGCUAUGUUGUUGCAGCCUAGUAUCCAAACUGAUAUGCCGUUCUUAGUUUAAAAAAUAACAGUGUUUAUAAUUUGCUAUUCCUGACUACUGCAGUGUUGUGGUUUCUUGCAGGUAACCUGCUGUUCCUGGCUGUGGUCAGCCAUUUUGGGGCGAAGCUGCACCGGCCCAGGUUCAUUGCUAUGGGCUGUUUCCUCAUGGCUGUAGGAUCCUUCCUCACAUGCCUGCCGCACUUCUUCAUGGGACGGGCUAUCAGGAGAGCUACCCAAUCGCAGAGGGCCAUCGUGGCUUCAUCAGUGAUGCCAGACUUCUGCAGAUGCAGAGAGCUGAGAGAGAGGCCAUGGAAGCAAAGCAAAGAAAGAUAAGUGCUAUCCAUGAGAAUUAUGUACGGACUGCUCUCAUCGGUGUUGGCAGCACCUUCGCGCACCACUUCGUCCCCUCUAUUCAGUGCAUUCCGCGGCUGAAAGCUCCACCGAGGCCUUUGCCACGAAGGCUUGAGCACAUAGCUCUGGCCCCACUGAAGAACAUGGUGGGGGUGGACGGAGCCCAAGUUCGACCCGGAUCUCACUCUCUGGAGUCCAUCCAGGUAAAUAAGUCAUUCAGCAGCAGUAGCGUGUGGCCUGUUACCGUCCCUCCCACUGCAGCUCCCUCCAAGAGGGGCAAGAAGAAGAAGGGCAGGCGGGGAGUCAAAGCCCUGAAAGUCCAGUCGGACCAGGGCUGUGCUGACAACAACGGACCCAUUGACCUGAUGGAGGAGGUGAGGGACAUCGAGGCUCACCUGAAGGAGGAGGACUGGAAGGGGUGAAGGCCAUGGGCAGGAGAAGUUUGGGCUCGGCCAUGUCCACGGGGGAAAUAGCAACCAGCUCUCUGGGAAGCCUGAGCUCAGUGGAUAUGAACACCCCUGCGGAGCUCCGUGACUACUUGGAUGUCGGGACCCCGGUCAAGUCGCUUGACAGCCCACCCAGGCCUGCUCCCCCUCCUACCAAGCCCAGGAGCAAACAGCCUCGGCCUAUAAGGUUCCUUAGCCUGCCAAAGGCUGCCACCGGCUCAGGGAGAAGAAGAUCGAGGGCUUGACCUUUCUCCGUGUGAUGGCUCAGAACCACAUGGACAUACUGAUGCCUAAACUCCAUGAUAUCUGCCUUGCCAUUAUAAAUGAGGUGAAGAACCUGCGCUCUGCAGUGUCCUGUGCUGCCAUGGCCACACUGGGUGACAUGUACGUCCACCUCCAGAGGGCCAUGGACAGUGAGGUGGAGGGGACGGCACGCGUGCUGCUGCACAAAACCAGCGAGGCCAACGCCUUCAUCCGGCAGGGCGCCAACUUUGCCCUGGGUCACAUGGUGCAGAGCUGCACCCCUACACGUGUCAUGAAUGCCCUGCUGGUCGGUGGGCUGAGCCACCGUAACGCUGCGGUGAGGAGCUGCACUGCUCAGCACCUGGAGAGACUGGCUGAGGUCAUGGGGGCGGCUCGUCUCCUGUCGGGGAAGAAAGACCUCACUGACCGUUUCUUGAUUGCCGUCAGUAAACUGGCUGUGGACCCUGCACAGGAAGUCAGGCAUCAUGGUCGCAAUAUCUUGAGCAACAUGGCCACUAAUGGCGACUUUCCUAAAAUGUGGGACAAAUUCGCUCCGAGGAAAGAGAGAAUCCUUGAGGGAGGUCAUCUCAAAGGUUAACCUCAAAGAAAGGAAUAUCUGAAUCAUCCCCAACUUGACUAUAUAUUUGUAUGUAAAUAUUUGCACAUUUCCCAACUUGACUAUUAUCCCCUCCAGUCCCCAAACUCCAAUAUUUUCUCUCAUUCCAAGAAAUUUGACACUAUCAUCCAACCCCCAUGUAAAUGCAUCUUUAAACUGCAUUGACUCCUUGUCCAAGUCCUGAAUCCACUAUAAGGCCAUAUGAACCACAUUCAAAGCACUAAAUUACCUUUCCUCGAAGCUCCUAUCUGAUCUACCAGCUCAAUAGUGGUCUACUGAAACCAUACUCACCAUCUCAGGGGGUGCUCAGAUCAUCAACCACUGACCUCCAAACCAUCCUCAAAAACAGCAGUCCUCUUUUGGAGACAGAUUGGUCAGUGCUCCUGUAUGGCACCAACAUUGUGGAUUUUCAUCCAAUACUUCUGGACUAUGGGAACAUUCUUUGGACAAUAAAAUGAGGUAAAAUGGAAGCUGGCUACAGUCUC